ACAGGCAUGGCCUUCCGUGUUCCUACUCCCAAUGUGUCUGUGGUGGAUCUGACCUGCCGCCUAGAGAAAGCUGCCAAAUAUGACGAUAUUAAGAAGGUGGUGAAGCAAGCUGCAGAGGGGAACUUAAAGGGCAUCUUGGGCUACACAGAGGACCAGGUAGUAUCCUGUGACUUUAACAGCGACACCCACUCUUCUACCUUCGAUGCUGGCUCUGGCAUUGCCCUCAACGACCAUUUUGUCAAGCUCAUUUCUUGGUAUGACAAUGAGUACGGUUACAGCCACCAUGUAGUAGACCUCAUGAAGUACAUGGCCACCAAGGAGUAAAGUGGAAAGCCAUGAUGGAUCUUCAUCCCCAGCCAAAAAAGAGUAGUUCCACCACUGGGGAGCCCACAUCCAUAAUAACCUAUGUCCCUGUGCUGGGGAUCCCAUGCCCUCUUCACAUCCCUGCCCCAGGCACCCCUGUAGUGGGGGGAGGAGCAUAGUCCUAUGUUGUGUACCAUCAAUAAAGUCAUC